GACCAGAAAUAUGCACUUAUCUGAGUGAGUUUGUGCACUGGAGCUGAAAUAAGGAUUCUUUACCGGGAGAUAUGUUUGCGUUUUACAAAAAGCGAAGUUUGUUUCAACGAUGAGAGGCUUAUAGAAACUAACCGGCGCUGAGAAAGUGUGUGUGUGUGUGUGUGUGUGUGUGUGUGUGUGUGUGUGUGGACGGAGGAGUGAAAAAGAAAGUAAGAAAAUGAAAAGAGAGAGAGAGAACACAACGGUACAGAGUGAAGGUGGAUAUCAGCCUGGUGGAGAUGAAGAUGAGACAACAGCACUGCUGGAACAGGAUGUUGGGGUCUCCACAGGUUCCUCCUUCACAUUCUCUGUGUUUAAUCUGAUGAACGCCAUCAUGGGAAGCGGGAUCCUGGGACUAGCCUACGCCAUGGCCAGCACCGGCAUCGUGGGCUUCAGUAUUUUGUUGUUGCUGGUCUCCAGUUUGGCCGCCUGCUCCAUCCACCUCCUGCUCACACUGUGUGACCAGACAGACGUGACCUCGUAUGAAGGACUGGGAGAGAGGGCCUUCAGCAAAGCCGGAAAGGUGCUGGUGGCAUGUACCAUCCUGAUCCAGAAUAUUGGUGCCAUGGCUUCUUACAUGUUCAUCCUAAAGAUAGAGCUUCCUCCCACCAUCAGCGGCUUUCUGGGAGCAGAGCAUUCUGGUGUGUGGUAUGAGAACGGCGUGGUGUUAUUGAUCCUGGUCACGGUGUGUGUGGUGUUUCCUCUCGCUCUGCUGCCCAAAAUUGGUUUCCUGGGUUACAGCAGCAGUGUGUCGUUCUUCUUCAUGCUGUUUUUCGCCGUAGUGGUGGUGGUGAAGAAAUGGUCAGUUCCAUGUCCACUGCCCAACAACUCCACUCUCACUCUGCAGAUCUCUAACUCGUCUGUGUCUGACUGCAGCGCUCGUCUCUUCAUCUUCUCCAGUAAGAGCGCGUACGCCGUCCCCACUAUGGCGUUCUCCUUCUUGUGUCACACUGCAAUCCUGCCCAUUUACUGUGAGCUCCAGCGACCCACUAAGCGGAGGAUGCAGAACGUGGCCAAUGUGAGCAUCUCUCUCAGCUUCCUGGUCUACCUGGUCUCCGCCCUCUUCGGCUACCUCACCUUCUACGGUCAGGUGGACUCUGAGUUGUUGCGAGGGUACGGUGUUUACCUGCCGCGUGAUGUGUUGGUGAUGUCGGUGCGUCUUGCGAUCCUAUUGGCCGUGCUGCUCACUGUGCCGCUCAUCCACUUCCCCGCCCGUAAAGCGGUGUUAACGUUAUUCAGAGGAGAGAGACCCUUCUCCUGGCUGUCUCACUGUGUCUCCACAUUUGUCCUCCUCCUGAUCAUCGAGCUGCUGGCCAUCUACGUCCCCGACAUCAGGAACGUCUUCGGAGUCGUGGGUUCCACUACCUCAACCUGCUUGCUGUUUGUGUAUCCCGGUCUGUUUUAUUUGCGUGUCAGUAAUGACCACAUCAGAUCUUUCACAUCAAUCGGGGCUGUUGCUCUCGUGAUAUUUGGUGUGUUUGUGGGUUUGCUGAGUCUGUCAGUCAUCAUCGUUUCCUGGGCACAGGCAUCCUGACCUUGACCUUUUGACCUCUGACCUCUGCUUCCAGUCCUGCAAACAUUUGCACAGUUACAUCAACACUGAACAGAUACAUUUAAAGAGGAACUGUUAUUACACUUAAUUUGACAGGGGGAUAGUUAUUACUGUAACACAGAGAAAGUUUUACGCGAUUAGACAUAGCGACCGAUAUUUCCUCAGCACAGUUUACAUACUUAGACAAGGGACAAUUAUUACUGUAACACACAGCGACAGGGGACCAUUAUUACUGUAACACACAGCGACAGGGGGGCCAUUAUUACUGUAACACACAGCGACAGGGGGGCCAUUAUUACUGUAACACACAGCGACAGGGGGACCAUUAUUACUGUAACACACAGCGACAGGGGGACCAUUAUUACUGUAACACACAGUGACAGGGGGACCAUUAUUACUGUAACACACAGCGACAGGGGGACCAUUAUUACUGUAACACACAGCUUUACCAAAGAUGUUUUGGCUAGGAUCAAGAUAUAACAUACGAUUAUAUAUAUAUAAUAAUAUCUUUAUAAAGGAGUAAAUUAUUUAUACAUCAAUGUUAUUAAACCUUAUGUGUUGAAUAUUGAGGUAAAUGCCACUGAUUAGUAUUGCACUAAAUAAAUAUUGCACAUUGCAAAAAUGUACAUUUUGCUGAUACAUAUCUGCGCCUCGUGUUUUAAUAUUAAUCUCUCUCUCUCUCUCUCUCUCUCUCUCUCACACACACACACACACACACACACACACUCACAGUGGCUGAAACUCGAAUUUCAAUAUUUAACACAGUUUUUAAUGUUGAUGUAGAAGUAAUCUGCUGCUCGGCCGAGAAAGGUUUAUUCUCAACAUUUAUAUACAUCUAAUCGUCUCCUAAAGUGUGUGUGUGUGUGUGUGUGUGUGUGUGUGUGUUUAAUGAAUAUUAAAAGGGAAAUGCUGGUUUUUGUAUAA